GUUUAGCUUCCGGUUUUCGGUGUAAACAUGCCGGUUCGGCGCACGCCGCGAUGUUCAGACGUCUAUCGAGAAGUAGCCGCUUUUCCUGAUUUGACCUCUUGAAGAACAGCGGCAAGUCGCUCAAUUAAUCCCAUAGGUUACAGUCGUGGCGCAAACUACGAUGCUGAGGCUGUUGUGCCAAUUCACACACGUACGGAACAUCGCGAGGUUUGUCAGGCGGCACUCACAACUGGCAAAAAUCGGUGGGAAAACCGCCUUUUUGACAACGAUUGCCUGGAGCCUCCCGAUUAUAGCAAGAUGCGUGGAAGACGACAGCGAUGGCACGCUUACAACCAUUGACCCAGAAAUGCUGUCGCAUGAGUUCCUCAUCAAGCAAGCAAGCAUUGUUGCUGUUGAGGCAGCUAGCAGGGUACUCAUUCAGCUCACUGCAGCCAUCCUCGAUGCCCAUGAAGCAUACCGGAAAAGCCUGAACAAGCUGAGCAGCCUGUUGAAGCGGUUUGAGACAGAAGUGGGCCUCUGCUCGGGAGACGACUCCAUCUGGCUGGAGAUGAUCGCCAUCCGAGAGGAGACCAACAGGCUCAAGGCAGAUGUUCUAUCUCUCGAGUCGCGAAUGCAAAGCGUCACUGGCCUCAUGGAGGCCAUGGCACAGACAGCUUUUGCCAACGGUGCUGAAUACGCUGGCAUCUGCGCCAACGAACGUCUGCUCUCGUCUGAACGCCAGAUAAGGUCUGCCGCCCAGAAGACUGCAACCCUCGAAGAUGUCCUCAACAAGGCUCACAGAGACGCCGUCAUCUCUGGUGCUGACAAAGCGGACGCACCAGAGAAAAACGACCUAAAGAAAACGUAGCAGCGGUAGGCGUAGGGGCAUACAAGGAUGCUGUACAGACAUCAGGAGCUUCGGGUUGAAAAAAAGAACAUGUACAUUUACGGUGAUCCAUGGCUCGACCAAAUAAAAUUAGUUUGUUGUGUUUCCAAAA